AUGGCUCCUUGCGUAAUUUCUGGGAUGCCUAUAGCCGGGUCAGAAGAGAAGGGUCACUGCCGUCCGAGAGCAAAGCGCAGGAAGGGGAGGAGUGCGGUGGAGAGGGGCAGUUCUUUCCAUCGUCAGGAUAAGGUGGCAUUGGCCGGUGGCGACGACGUGCUACAGUCUGGGCCUGCCAAAGACGGGGAGGGUAAGGGACGAGGGGCUGUAGGCGCUAAGGGCGACAGUGAUGGGGAGCGCAAGGGACGAGGGGCUGUAGGCGCUAAGGGCGACAGUGAUGGGAAGCGCAAGGGACGAGGGGCUGUAGGCGCUAAGGGCGACAGUGAUGGGGAGCGUAAGGGACGAGGGGCUGUAGGCGCUAAGGGCGACAGUGAUGGGGAGCGUAAGGGACGAGGGGCUGUAGGCGAUAAGGGCGACAGUGAUGGGGAGCGCAAGGGACGAGGGGCUGUAGGCGCUAAGGGCGACAGUGAUGGGGAGCGUAAGGGACGAGGGGCUGUAGGCGCUAAGGGCGACAGUGAUGGGGAGCGCAAGGGACGAGGGGCUGUAGGCGCUAAGUGCGACAGUGAUGGGGAGCGCAAGGGACGAGGGGCUGUAGGCGCUAAGGGCGACAGUGAUGGGGAGCGUAAGGGACGAGGGGCUGUAGGCGCUAAGGGCGACAGUGAUGGGGAGCGUAAGGGACGAGGGGCUGUAGGCGAUAAGGGCGACAGUGAUGGGGAGCGCAAGGGACGAGGGGCUGUAGGCGCUAAGGGCGACAGUGAUGGGGAGCGUAAGGGACGAGGGGCUGUAGGCGCUAAGGGCGACAGUGAUGGGGAGCGUAAGGGACGAGGGGCUGUAAGCACUAAGGGCGACAGUGAUGGGGAGCGUAAGGAACGAGGGGCUGUAAGCACUAAGGGCGACAGUGAUAGGGAGCGUAAGGGACGAGGGGCUGUAAGCACUAAGGGCGACAGUGAUGGGGAGCGUAAGGGACGAGGGGCUGAAGUCACGUACAAGCGGCGCAAGGUGGUUGACACGGGCGGUCACGACAGAAAAAUGAGGAAGGCUCGCCAGGGACGGAAACGGUACGCUUCACCCAGAUCGUCGUCCGGUUCCGAGGAGGGAUCCAGCGACGGGGAAUCUGGUAGUUCAUCUGGCAGCGAAUAUGGGGACGAGGAGGAGGAGGAGGAGGAGGAGGAGGAGGAGGAGGAGGAGGAGGAGGAGGAGGAGAGUGAGGACCAAGAUCUGGAGCCGGAAAGCGAGGAGGCGGAUGAGGUGCGUCCCAAGAGAAAGGGGCGUGAUCAGAAGGCCAAGAAGGGCAUUCCUAAGAGGAACCGUGACAAGGGUCGGGACAAGGGCCGUAAGGGGCGCGACAGUCGUGGGAAAUCGCAUGGCAACAACGGUCGCCGGCGUGUGGUUUCCCAGGUUGUCCGUGUGCGCCCCAAAGUGAAGCCCGAGCCUGAAUUCUAUGCGGAGAUGGGAGUGAAAGCAACUGCUGCUCCUACUGGAUAUCUUGAUCGUAAAGACCAGACCCGAAGGAGGCGUGACGAUCGCGAGGACCCUUAUGCUGCUCUCAGAGGGCCAUCACUAAAUGCUGGGAAAGGAGCAGACCCGUUGCCUACAGGGUCAUGGCGUCAUAACAAGGAGGGAAAAGACCCACUUGCGAAGCGUCUCGAGACACGGGAUUCACCGGAUCUUGAUAAAGACGACUUUAAGCCCAAACGGUACGCUGACCCAACGGCCGCAGCAGCAAACGACGGUGUGGCAGGUGGGAUGUGGGCAAACACAUUGGGUGAUUGUGGCGGAGUUAUGGCUGGCUCUCCGUACGAUGAACGUGACGAAAGGGGCGACGACUACACCUGGAAAAGGGAUCCACACACGAACGAGGGGAGGGGUGAGAGCAUGUGCACGCCCGGUGCAUCUGGUCGUCUCAAUCCGGCUCGCCCCAAGACGGUGGAGCAGCUCACGCGAGAGCUUGAGCUAGCAAACAGCGAACUAGCAACCCUCAAGGCAAAACCAGCUUGCAAUGGCGUCAAAAACCGCGGACCCCUGUCGCGUGAUUAA